GGAGCAGAAGCGCCUGAGGGGAGGCGGCGGGCGGCGGCUUUUGGUUUCGCCCUGCCCCCCGCGAGGGUUUUUCUUUCUUUUAUUUUCUGUCGUUUUUCCUCGUAUUUUUUCAUCUUGAAGCCGCCUCGAGCCCCUCUGUCGCCCCGUCCCUAUGUUUUCUCCACUGGCUCCUGCCCGAGCUUUCUGCCGUCCCUCCCGGCAUCCCGGGCAGCGCUUCGCCAAGACCCGCGGGGCUGGGAGCGGGGCCACGAGGGCAAAGCCGGGAGCGGAACAAGCCCAGAGCAGCGGUGAAACUGCGCGGCGCAAAUUAACAACCUGAGGAAUGGGGGCGGUGGUCGUGAUUGGCAGCGCGACCCGUCCGUCAGCGGCUGGAGGCGGGACCUGAAGAGUCUAUAAAAGGCCCGUGCAGCGGCCGGCGCCUCUCAGGUGCUGCGGGAGCGUCGCGGAGUGGGGAGUCCGGCCCGGCCCGGCCUUUACCCGCCCCCAUGGUGCCUCCAGUGACUUUCACGAGGAAAAGUUGCCUGCUCGUUUGGAGAGGACAGGAGUAUGUGCGAUGAUGGCCAAGAGCGGACCCCGAGCACCCGAAACCGCUGCAGCGGCAAGCUGGGUGAACUGUGCAGGUCCCAUCCAUGGGUUUUUAGGGUGCUGGUUGUGAGCCUGGCUUUGAUUGCAGUCGUUGUUGCAGUGGCAGUGAGCUGGCCCAGGGGCACCCGAGAUGCUGGCACUGCUGCUGCAUCAGGCUGCAGAGAGGACUGGAUCGGGUACCGGGGGAUGUGCUACUACCUCUCACGGGAUGAGGGGAGCUGGGACUCGAGCCAGCACAACUGCUCCUCGCUUGGGGCCUCGCUGGCCGUGAUCAAGCGGGAGUGGGAAGUGGAUUUUCUCAGGCAAUUUAAAGGCUCCAUUGACUGCUGGUUUGGCCUGCGGCGAAGGGACGGGCGCCUGGUGUGGGUGGACAACACCGUCUACAACGAAACGUUCCCUGUUGACAGCCAAGGCGAGUGCGCCUACCUGAGCUACGAGGUCUUUGCCACAUCAAGCUGCUCCAUGCCGCGAGGUUACAUCUGCAGCACGUCACAGGCUCCCGUGGGUGCGCUCUAUCCACAGAAGCUGUCUGUGUUCUUGCUUUUCUGUAGCUUCCUGCUAGCACAGGAACUCGGGGGAUAGUCCUCCAUCCAGAAGUGUCUCUGCAAGUCUUCCUCCCCAUAUCACACUGUGCCUUACGCCAUGUCCAGAGAGGAACCACCAUUACGGAUGGACAUGGAAAGAUCUGCAGCAUUCUGCUGACAAACACCAGUCUUUAAUGUGAAAGAGCAAAGACUACCAGUGCUGAACUACUUAGUCUUUCCAAAUUAUCAUCGCUACAUAUUUAUACUUAAGCUUUUUGAGUGGAAGCCUUGCAGGUUAAUGUGCCAUGAGCGGCUGCUGUAUUUUGUUGCCACUCUCGUAUCCACCCCCCCCCCGGCUUUUUUUCCAGGUAUUUCAUUGUUUUUUUUUUAUAUACUUUGUAUGUGUUUAGGCUUAGCAAGGUUUGAAGAAUAGUGGCGAGGCUGCCUUUGGUGACUGAAUUUGCUGAAGCUGUAGGCCACAACCUGUGGCAUCACAACGCAUCAUGAUGAAGUUCCUGGAAACCCUCCUCGCCUGCGCUGGAAAAGUGCGCGUCUCUGUGAGCAGCCUCUGUCGCAUUUUCUUAUUUGUCGAUAAUGUGAACACGAGCAACCACUGGAA